UCCAUCUUCUCUCCAUUGUUCUCAUCCUCUAUUAUUUCUACCCUUGUUACCAUGCAUAUCGCUGCUGCAUUGACUUGUUUCGUGUCUGCUCUCUUGGUUUCCGUGCAAGCCGCUCCCGCUGCUCCCGCUGCACCUGCUGCCUGCCUCGGUUUCCGCAUUACCUCACCUACCAAAUCAGGUCUCAACUGGACUUACGGUCAAUGCUACUCUGUGGACUGGGAUCUUGGUGCAAGCCAAGUGAAAACUAUCACUUCGGUGGAUCUCUAUGAUGCCGCAACGAAGAAAAAGGUGACAACCGAAGUCUCCAAUAUUUCGGCUUCCAAAGGCACUACCGGAAACUUCCCAUUGAUGAUGGGAGACGACGUGGAAUCCGGCAAUUAUUAUUUUGUGCUGAACGGAAAAGCUGGCAAUGGUCAAGCCUGUCAGUUAAGCUCCGUCAGUUUCCAUGUUACUGUGAACCCCAACUCCCCUCCAGCUACUUGCUAAAUGUCAUUCAUGACUGCAGCCUUCUUUACCUUUGAACGGCUGAAGAACAUACGUAUUUUAAUCCAUUCCUUUCUCCUAAUAAUAAAACAGGUU